CAUAGUUUAUAACUCGCAAACAGACACGAAGCCGCGCCAAAAAGUCUAGACUCGUCACGUGGGUAGCCUUCGACCAAUCAGAACGCAUUUUAUCUAAAUAACUCGCCUCGUCGGUAAAUAGUCGUACCUGUGUGUUUCAAUGGAGAGACUAAGAUUUCGAUAAAGUAGAGACAUGGUGUUUUGUUUGUUAAAAUCAUGACAUAUCUUGAUAUCCCGUGAACAUUCAAAGAAGUUCGCCAUUUUCUUCUGGAAUACCUAGCCAUUUCUUCAUCUGUGAUUGCCUGUUAAUGCUAGAGUCGUGAAUAUUUUGGAGCAGCCAGUGGCUUUGAUACGGGAGAGCUCUUGGAUAAUUUACGCACAUGCAGGCAGUUCUAACAAGAUAGAGAGUCGGUGUUUAUGUUUUCAAUGGAAUUUAAAGAUUCAUGAGGAUUUUUCUUGCUAUCAACAUGUGAUAAAUUUAUACAUUACACGCCGACUAUUAACACAGUCCAUUAGAUGUUUCGCCAACAAGCGUGGAUUAAGUAUUCUUUGGAAAAUGUGUGAUUACUUUCAGAAACACGCAGGAAUUUUAUGCUUUGUGUGUUCGUAUCCACCAAACCUUCACCAUUAGUGAAUAUAGGACAAUAUCCAAUGUUCCGGAAGGGGAGUAUUCGGAGACUUAUAUGUUUCGUUCCAAGAGAUCGACACUAGUACGCGAGCUCUGGAAACUACGAAUAACACAAAAUGACUCCGAAAGUCAAAAUGAAAAAGAAGCGAGCGAAAGCAAAUCAGUCCUUCAUUCUAUGUUGAAACGCCUCAAGGAGAAAAACUUGGAAAUUUUGCUCCAAAGCGUAGAGUCGAAGGGCAGGGAACAAACUCCAUGUGUGUUGCUUCCCAAUGUGGAAUUAAAAAUGGGGAAACACACGACGGACCCUCAUAUUCUGUGCUGUCAGGUCUGGCGUUGGCCCGACCUGACUUUGGACACGACGUUGCGGCAAUUGCCGUGUUGUGAAACGGAUAAAGAUCCGCUGUACGUUUGUUGCAAUCCGCAUCAUUGGAGUAUACAACAAACUGCAGAAUCUUCAUAUUGUGCUGACAAAGCAAAUUCUCUUACCUCAGGAAUUGAUUGGCCCAGUGAUAUUUCUAUGGAAACAGUUUCCACGGAAACAGGUCUCACACCUUCAUGCAGAAAACAUUUUGACGGUGAUAUAUCAGACUCCUCUGUGGGUGAGGACUGUGGGUCGGGGAUGUCGGACCACUGGUGUUCCGUGGCUUACUGGGAACUACGACAACGGGUGGGGCGACUGUACAUAGUACACGAACCUUAUCUCAACAUAUUUCAAGAUCUACCUCACGGGAACGGUUUCUCCUUGGGACUAGUCCAAGGCAAAACGGAUGUGGACUGUGUGAAACGGACGCGGGAAAAAAUAGGGCUCGGCCUCGUUUUGAGUCGGGAAGCAGACGGAGUUUGGUUGUACAAUCGGUCAAAUUUUCCGGUGUUUGUGAACUCUCCGACGUUAGAUAACCCUAGUUCUCGAACGUCUGUGGUGAUUAAAGUGAAUCCGGGAUAUUCCAUGAAUAUUUUUAAUUACGAUAUGGCCAGUGUUUUUAGUGCUGUGAAAGAGAGAAGCUGCCUGGAUGGGCCGUAUGAUCCCACGUCCAUACGGAUUAGUUUUGCCAAAGGAUGGGGACCUUCGUAUCACAGGCAGUUUAUUACGUCAUGUCCGGCAUGGUUAGAAGUACUACUCAAUGUAAACAGGUGACGUCACGCCCAUCGUCACGUGACGUCAGUUGCCAUAGAAACAUUUUAUGUUCAUUUAUAUAUUUAAAUGAAUUUUCAAAGAGAUCAUGUUAUUUAUAAUGUCAUAACACACUGAAUUGUAGUUAGGGAACAAAUCUAUAAAGAAUCAUCGGUACUGUGUAGUGAAAAACCUGGUUUUUUCUUUUAAUUAGUAAUAUGAUUUUAAUUAGAAAAAAAAUCCGAGGACCUUUUGAUUUUAAGAAAGAAAUUCCCCUUAAAUUUUGCAGUUUUAAUUAAAUCCCUCAUCCUAUUUUGUUUCAAUUUUUGAUCUGUUUUUUACCUUUACCAAAAAUUGUAUUCAGUUCAUAACUCCUCUACUAAAAUAUUUUUUUGCAGUAUAUUAUUCUUUUUUUUAAAACGACAUUUUUUCAUCUGCAGUAAAUGUUAAGAUUUUAAAUCUGUUUUGACGAAGACCAUCGUUUUUAAAUAAUGAACAAAGAGGGAUAACUCUAUAUGACGUUUCAACAUUUUUCUGAUAAUAUUAAGCUGACGAAAGGAGAAAUAUUUUUCAUGACCUGUUAUACUGUUUAACAUUGAUUAUAUGUUACAAUUAUGUGUAUGUGUACUGUUAUAGAUAUAUACAUGUACUUUGUGAAUGUGGUGCAUUUCAGCUAUGACAUUUCUUCAUGUUUUACCCACAAAAUACAUAUUUUUUAAAACAAAAAAGGCAAACGUGAGGAUCCAUUAAAACAGCGUUUUACGUUGACUGUCUAGCCAUAUGAUGAAUAAAAUGAGAGAAAAUGUUGGAUCUGUUUGAAAUAAAUGUUAAAGAUUUUGAAAA